UAAACACGUCAGCAACAUCACUGACUCAAAUUAAAUUAUAUUUCUGUUUUAUCCCUGCUUUUAUUCUGAAGGUGUCCUCUCCUUCCAGAUGUUCUGAUUAAAAGCAUUUCCUCUGCAGUUUGUUUUUCUCCCCUGUGGCCUUUGAGGAAGUCUGUAAAAAUCAUCGCUGUUAGAUUUGUAGUUUGGUUAUGACAUUUUGUUAUGUCGUCUGGUGCCUCGCGGUGACAUCACAGCAUCGCUGUACUCCCAUUGGCUGCAGACCAAACUGUGUCGAGCACUGAGGGGCUUUAAGGCUAACAGAAAGGGAAACUGAUUUUAUCUUUUACUUCUUAUUACUGUAUUUAAAAGUUCACUUUGCCUUUUGAUCACUUCUGUUGUGUAAUUUAACUUUUCAUAUACUGAGUUUGUUUUUUCACUGCACUUUGCUUUUCUUUUCGUGUCUCGCUGUGACGUUUGUCCUCCAAACUUUGUUUUUUUAAAAAAAAAAAAAAUUUAAAUUUUUUUAACUAUUUUUAUUUAUUAUUAUUUUUUAUUAUUGUCUUUUGUAUCGUGAUGAGCCUGUCUUUCUCAGGAUUUUUUUUAUAUAUAAAAAGUCAUUUUCUCUUUCAAAAUAAAACGAACAGGCUUGUCAGUGUGGUGUGUUUCAUUACAAGUCAGGACAGAAAGGUGUGAAUGGUGAGGAAAAACGAAACGAGCUGCACGGAUUCACGGCUGUGAAAACGUCACGCAGGCUGAACGUCAACGCACAGGAUCCUCCAAGUUUCCAUUUUAUUCCAGAUCAGGUUAGUAUUGUCACGCGGUUUGUUUUCCAUUUCAUUUGGAUUAUGGAUUUGGAUGGGGGCAGUCGUGGCCUGGAGGUUGGAGAAGUGACUUGUGAUCGGAGGGUCACCGGCUCGAUUCCCCCACUGGACGGGGUGUGGUGGAGUGAUUAAUGCAACAAAUGCUCCCCCUCCUCCAUUAGCCGCUGACGCUGCUGAUGUGAGGUCAGUGCUGCACGUGGACACACACACACAGCGUGUUGAUGUGCUGCCUCUCCUUCCUCCAGCUCGGCCUUUUCCUUUGACCUCACGUCCUCCUGCUUCCUCCCAUUCUCUUCCUCUCUCCGAGGAGCAUGAAAAGGAAAGCUGCGACGGGACCAGGAGGCUCGACUGCAGGCUCGUGAGAUCAACAUGGCUGAGAGGCACAGAGUGACAGCGCAGGGCAGGAAGAAAUGGGUUCUUCCACAGAAAAGUGCUGCCGAGGAGAGCAAACCGAGCGUUCGCUCUGCUGCCGGGGAAGCCGAGAGAAAUCUGGCGGUGCCUUUCAGAGGUCACGUCUCAGGUGGGAUGCGUCCGGGGAAGAAGGUCGUGGUGUUCGGCGUUGUGGACUCGCGUCCUGACAGGUUCUACGUCGCCCUGACGUGUGGUCGGGGGACAUCCGGGGAGCCUCCGGCUGAUGUGGCCCUGGAGCUGUGCGUCCGCUUCAGGGACAGACAAGUCCUGCGCAGAGCCUGUGUGUCUGGAUCCUGGGGGGACGUGGACAGGGCCGUCCCGUUCUUCCCCUUCAUCAGAGACCAGCCGUUCAAGGUGCCAACCACACGUCCUGUGCUUCGUACGUGCGCACCAAACGUGACGCACAGCCGCAGCCUGUCUUCACACGCUCACAGUGUUUAUGGCCCUUCUUUGCUCCCGUACGGCAGCUUAAACAUGGACGAGCUGCACAUGUGUCGAUUCUGUCCAAAUGUUCCCGCAUGUAAAGUGAAAGUGACGGAGGACCAACUUGUGUCUCCUCGCAGAUGGAGAUCCGCUGCGAACUCAGUCGGUUUCGCGUGUUUGUGGACGGGCAGCAGCUGUUUGACUUUUCCCACGCAGUGACGUCACUCGGCGACGUGGACACGCUGUGGAUCAAAGGCUGCGUCGCCGUCACCAAGCUGGCCUG